AUGUCCAAAUCAAAUGAUAUAACCACAUCAAUUCAAGAAAUUUCCGAAUCAACAAAACCAGGUUCCUUAGACAAUUCUGAUUCAGUUGAUUCAAAUGUCCGUUACGCAGCUUAUGCCAAUAGAUUAAGAACAAUUUUAUUGGCAAGUCAUAGAUAUGUUGCAUAUACUUCAGAUAUUGGUGAAUCUUUUAGACCUGCGGUUCAUCCAUUCUUUGUUCGUGCCUGUUAUGGUAUUUCAUGGACCUAUGUUUUAGGUGAUGUUUCAUAUGAAGCUUGGAAAGCAAAAUUAAGAAAAGAAGGUAGAUAUACACCAGGUCUAAAACCUUGGAAUUCUAAUAUUUCUGCGAAAGGUGAUCCUACUGCUGCCACAUUAGCUGAGUUGAAUGCAUUGCCAGAUUGGAGAUUGGUUGCUUUAGAAAGAGGAUUGUUUCAAAGUGUUGCUUCCAUGGGGUUACCAGCUUUUACAAUUCAUACUACUGUUAAAUAUGCUACCAAAUAUGCUGAGAAAAACAUUAAGAAUGCAGUAUUGAGAACUUGGGGUCCAAUUGGCCUUGGUUUAUCUAUUGUUCCUGCAUUACCUUAUCUAUUUGAUAAGCCUGUUGAGCAUGGUUUAGGUUAUGUGUUCCAGAAUUUGGAACAAUAUUUACACAAUAAAGAAAAGAAAUUAGAGUAG